CACAUAAAAGCACUAAGAGAUGAUAUCAUUGAUCCAUAUAUUACAACCUCUCUCUCUCUCUCUCUCUCUCAAACAUUCCUUUUUCCUGCUUUUAAUCCCACUUUCCAGAAAGCAGGUCGCCUCUAGUUUCCUCUCUUCUUGAAAAACACCAAAAAAAUUUCAAAAAAAAAAAAAAAGGCAAAAAGAAAGAGAGAAAGGUACCAUCAACUUCUUUUCUUGUCUGCUUUUUUUGUUUGAUUUUCAUUCAUUCCUCCAUAUCCAUGGAUACUGCUCAAUGGCCUCAUCAGGAAAUAGUGUUGAAACCAAUGGAAGAGAUAAUAGUAGUACCAAAUAGUACCACAACUAACACCACAGCAAAGCAGCAGCAGCAGCAGCAACAGCAACAACCAAAUUCAAAUGGUUUGGAUCAGAAGAAAUUGGCAAGACCUCAAAAAGAACAAGCCAUAAAUUGUCCAAGAUGCAACUCAACCAACACCAAAUUUUGUUACUACAACAACUACAGCCUGUCUCAGCCAAGGUAUUUUUGCAAGACUUGUAGGAGAUAUUGGACUGAAGGUGGAUCUUUGAGAAACAUCCCUGUGGGUGGUGGUUCUAGGAAGAACAAAAGGUCAUCUUCUUCAACACUAUCUUCCUCUAACUCUGCUUCAACAUCCAAUUCCUCAUCAUCUUCAAAGAAGCUCCAUCAGCUCCCAGAUCUAAUCCUACCCCCAAUGUCAUCAUCAUCCCAUCUUUCUCAUCAUCAUCAUCAAAACCCUAAUAGUAUUAGCAAGAUGAUCCAUCUUGAUCAUGGCCAAGAUCUCAACUUGGGAUUCUCUCAUGAUUUCAAGACCAUUUCUGAGCUAAUCCAAGUUCCAAACUUUGAUCAGCACCAUAACAAUGGAAGCAAGGAUUUUCCCAACACAACAAGUACUAAUAAUACUAAUAGUACUACUAAUAAUGGAGGCCAUCUUUCAGCAUUGGAGCUUUUGACUAGGGGAGGAGGGUUGAAUUCCUUCUUGCCUAGUAUACCAGCUGGGGGUUCGGUUUUUCAGGGCUCAUCGGCCGGGAUGUUUCUGCCGGAAUUUAAGCCGUCUUCCCUGAGUUUUUCUUUGGAUGGGCUUGGGAUUGGAAGCAGCAGCCUACAUGGGAGUAGUGUGCAAGAUCAUCAUCAGUCAAGUAAUGGGAGGCUUUUAUUUCCUUUUGAAGAUCUCAAGCAAGUUUCCAAUACUAAUUCUAAUACUUCAGCCGGAGAAAAUAGAGAUCAGCAUGGCGGCGCCGGCGGCGAUACAACCGGAUAUUGGAGUGGGAUACUAGGAGGAGGAGGAGGAGGAGGAGGUGGUGGUGGUAGUGGCGGUGGUGGUGGUGGAGGAGGAUCAUGGUAAAAUUUUGAAGAGAAGAAUAAAGAG